UUUCCUUUUGUUUUUGGCCCAAGUACGACUAUAUUCUUCCAUGGCCCAAGCUGACCCAAGUCGUACCUUGGAAUCUUCUUCAUCCUCAAGCACACAGGUCUCUCCCAUGCACUAUGGCCCCACGGCCCCUUUGGGUAUAGGAUAACAGCAGCCAUAAUACGUAGCAGUAGACUAGUAGACUACUGACUAGAAGAAACGAGCAAAACCGAAACUUGAAGCAAAACAGGUGCUUAGGGACGAUGUGUGGAGGUGGAUCCUGUGGUGAUGCCAGCGGCAAAUCAGGUACCUUCUUCGACGGAGGGUUUUGGCAUGGAUCCGACAGUUUCCGGGUAGAAUCAGGGUUCCGAUGUGCCAAACGGAGACGGAGUUGGUUGGGUUCGGAACUCUGUUAUGUGAACCGCGUCCGAUCGAUCGAGCUCUUCACGCGCCGCCUCUGUCCAUCUCGCGGCGCUUGCUCUUCACCUGCCGCCGCCGCCGUCGAUCUCGCCUUGUUCACCAAUCAAAUCUCUUCACCCGUUACCGCCGUCGAUCUCGCGGCGGUGCUCUUCGAUCACCCGCUGCCACUGGAUCUCGCUGCCCACCGCGGCACGAGAGGUGAACAAAUCUCGCUGUUCUCCGUCCACGGGCGGGGCCGGGAUGGAGAACUUGGCAGCGGCGGCGGGGGCGAUGGGGCGGUCGGUGGUUAGGAAAAGAGCGUUUGAGGAGAUGAACAAGGCGGAGGAUGGGGAAGACAAGUCGGAGAUGUUGAAGACAUUGGAAAUGGAUAAAGCUGAGCCCAAGGAGAACAUAUUUUAUCCUCCUGAACUGGAGGCCUUAGGACGCCAUCUUGGGGACGCUCUUGGUUUGAACGAGGAGGAGUGGGACGCACUGCAGGCCUCGUUGGCACAGCCUAAACCAGAGAGAAAGGAAACCAUCAAGGAGCGGUGGUUGAGGAUUGAGGAAUUGCAUAGGAGGAUGGACCAGGAGCGGGAGGCGCAGGACAAAGCGGAUCAAGAAGAGAUUGGCCCGGACUAUCAAGCCUGGGCUGCCUGCAAGUUUCGUGAUGACUGGAACGCCAUAUGGUCCCGCUCCUAUGGAUCAUACGAGGACACAACGAGGAUUCCCGCAAUGCGUUUCACUCAUAAGCCUGCGCCAGACCUUGGAGUCUCCACUCACGAUACUCUACAGGUCUUUUCAGCCAAGGUUGCAUCCACAAGUGGUGGUUUACAGUGGCCUCUUGAUGUGUUUGGCUUCGUUGCCAUACGUGACACCAUUGACCAUAAUCGAAAUAUCAUCUUCAACCGCACAAGGGAGUCCUGCCAAAUCCUCACCGAAGAGGAUCAUGAUUUACUGCUGGUAGGUCCAACCCGAGCUGUUUUUGUGUCAAGUCCGCAUCCUGUGACCAUUGAGGUUGACCUUAAAGUGAAGGGCGCUACUGAAUCAGAGGAUAAAGACUUGAGCUUCCUAGCUGUGCCUUUGUUGUGCCUGUCAACGCGUUCACGCCUAUUUCAUUGUUCUUAG